GAAGUGCAGACAGCAGAUGGGCAGUGUGGGCAGAGGAUACGCACAGCACCUGCGCGCCGCGCGGUCGCAUCAGCAUCAUUAUCUGGAGCGUGCUCGCGGAGCGCCACCGCCUUCACGCGCCGCAGCAUCAGGAGGACCAUCGAAGACAAUGUGCCGCGAGCGAGUCACCGCAUCCACGCGUUAAUCCCGCGCUAUGAAUCAUGUAUGUGAUAGUACUGUCAAAUUUGCUCGCGUGCGUCCUCGCGUCCUGUCUCCAGCCGUCCGUGGCGUCCGCCGUGUUAGAGAGCGAGCCCUCCAGGGAAGCGGUGUCAUUGCUGCUACAGCAGGGUGAUACUGCAGACCGACAGACGCAGAAUGCCAGCCGACUGCAGGAGUCUGAGCACACGCUAACUUAUCCAUCUCGCCUCAUCUACUACCUAAAUGAAGCAUCGGAGAGCACGUACCAUGACCUCAACACUCACGUCAAGACCCCUGACCAGCAUGGACAGGAGGUUCAUCUCGCUCAGGCUUCAUUUCAACUACACGCCUUUGGAACCCAAUUCAUUUUGGACCUAACAUUAAACAAUGAUCUGCUGUCAUCAGAUUAUGUAGAGAUACAUUAUGAAGGAGGAAAACCCGUCCUAUGGAAGGGUGGAGAGCACUGUUAUUAUCAUGGCCAAAUCAGAGACAAUGAUAGAUCUAAUGUGGCUCUAUCCACCUGUAAUGGUUUACAUGGCAUGUUUGAAGAUGGGAUCCACAUGUACACAAUUGAGCCACUUAAACAGACUCACUCUAUUGAGGGAACAGCCAGACCCCACAUCUUAUACAGGACACCCAUCCGGCAACAAGGUCCAGCUGCUGGAGAGGAAGGACUGAAGGAAGAGCUGUCACAUCCAGAUGAUUCCUCUUGGCUUCAGCGGAGGAACAAGCGAGCUAUGCCCAGGAAUGUGUUUGAGGAGAUGAAGUACCUUGAACUGAUGAUCGUCAUUGACCACAACAUGUUUAAGAGACAUAAGACCAAACAGCACACACGGAAUUAUGCCAAGUCUGUGGUCAACCUGGUGGAUGCUAUUUUUAAAGAGCAUCUAAACACGCGUGUGGUUCUGGUUGCUGUGGAGAUGUGGACAGACAGGGAUCACAUUCCCAUCAGUGUGAUUCCAUUUGACAUGCUGAAGCACUUUUCCAAAUACCGACAGCAGCACAUCAGACAGCACGCGGAUGCUGUGCAUCUAUUUUCUAAUGUCACAUUUCACUAUCCACGGAGCAGUGCGGCGUAUUUCGGAGGGAUGUGUUCUGUGAGUCGUGGCGUUGGAGUGAAUGAGUAUGGGUCCACAUGGACAAUGGCACUCCUGCUGUCCCAGAGUUUGGCUCAGAAUCUUGGCAUUCAGUGGGACACAGCAUCAAAGAGAAAAGAGUGUGGCUGCGUGAAGUCUUGGAUUGGCUGCAUCAUGGAAGACACUGGGGCCCAGCCUUCACGGACCUUCUCCAAGUGCAGUAUCACUGAUUUUAAAGAGUUCCUGUUGAAGGGGGGAGGAUCCUGUCUCUUUAAUAAACCCAACAAGCUCUUUGAAGCCACAGAUUGUGGAAACGGAUACGUGGAAGCGGGAGAAGAGUGCGACUGUGGGCCGAGAGAUGAUUGUGUUAAAGAAUGCUGUAAGAAGUGUUCACUGUCGAACGGUGCACACUGCAGUGAUGGACCCUGCUGCAAUAACUCAUGUCUGUUUUAUCCCCGAGGCUUCACAUGUCGCUAUGCAGUGAAUGACUGUGAUAUUUCAGAGACGUGCUCUGGAGACACCGGACAGUGCCCUCCCAAUCUACACAAGCAGGACGGUUACUUCUGCUCUCUCAACCAGGGUCGCUGCUAUGCUGGAGAGUGCAAGAUGAGAGAAAGUCAGUGUAAAUAUGUAUGGGGUCCAAAGGCUGCGAGCGCAGAGAAGUUCUGUUAUGAAAAGCUGAACACAGAGGGCUCAGAGAAAGGCAACUGUGGUCGGGAUGGUGAGAAAUGGAUCCAGUGCAGUAAACACGAUGUAUUUUGUGGCUAUCUGUUAUGCACUAACACUGGACAAAUCCCUCGUAUUGGAAUACUAAAAGGAGAUAUCACACCUACAAACUUCAAUCAUCAGGGCAGACUGAUCGACUGCAUCGGUGGUCACGUGUUGCUGGAUGAUCAGACUGAUGUCGGUUAUGUAGAGGAUGGAACUCCAUGUGGUCCAUCUAUGAUGUGUCUGGACAGAAAGUGUCUUCCCAUUCAGUCUUUGAACCUGAGCUCCUGCCCUACUGGACCCAAUGGACUCGUCUGUUCCAGUUAUGGGGUGUGCAAUAAUGAGGCCACGUGUUCGUGUGACUCAACAUGGGCAGGGACAGACUGCAGUAUACCUGACCCUCCAAAAGAGCCAAAGCCCAGUGAAGACGAGGGCCCGAAAGGUCCCAGUGCCACCAAUCUGAUCAUAGGCUCCAUCGCAGGGGCAAUCCUGGUGGCCGCUAUAGUCCUGGGUGGUACAGGCUGGGGGUUUAAAACAGUGAAACGGCGAGGAUAUGAUCCGAAUGCUGGCGGCAUCUAGUGGACAGAAAGAAAUGCUGAUCUCCAGGGCUUCAGCAAUCAGCUGGGCUUCUGUUUUUGCUGCUAUUUUCAGGCAUUAGGGUAUACUUGAAAAUAUUAUACAUAAUAGUGAGGAACUCAAUAAUACCUUAGUUAUGUAGCCACUCCCUUUUUAUAAAAGUCUUUUUGCCAUUUCACCCUAAAAAGUUAAUCAGAUCAUCCUUACAUGACAAAAGCAUGACAUCACACAAUACAGCUUGGUUUUGGCACCCUGAUAUAAGGAUAUGCAUGGCUAAACGAAUGCCUCCACGCUCAUCAAUCUCCAGCAGAGAACAGCAUUACAAUCUGUGAAGAGAUUAUUCGCACUGCAUAAGAGUUACUGAUCUCAGAUGCCCAUCAUUUUUUUUUUUUUUUGACAGAGGUUAUUAAACGCUGCAUGCCUAAGCUUUAGAGAGACAUGUGUUGAAUAAAAGUUUAGGUCAGAUUUCAUUCUACACAUACAUGGCAAUGUAGACGACUUAAAAUAUUUUUUUUUCUCAAAAAUGAAAAUUCGAACCGGCAUGUUUUUAUACCAUUAAACACAAGAGGAGAUGCAGAAUAUGAAUGCUGUUUUUUAUUGGCUGAAGGUGGGUUUGGAAGAGCUUCGAAAAAAGACAAACACUGUAGACGAGAUAAAGCUGCCCAGUUCUGAAGCCAUAUGAUCAUUUAGUCUGAGAAAAUCCUUCCUUCAAUAUGUGUGAAUAAAAAAUCAUGUGGGUGAACAUAUGUAUACAUAAUGUACAGUUUAAGAUCUUGGACUGUAAGUCAUUUUUAACAGAUCGUUUGGUCUCAUUUAGUUUGUUGUUUUUUGCCCAUUUUCAAGUCGCACUGUUAUUUUUAGCAACAUUUAUUUCAAAUCAGUUGCUAUACGUUAGUAAGUGUAAGUAUAUUAUCGCUCAGUUAUUUGCUCUGAAAUGGGGACGUAAGUGAACACCUAUAGAUGCUGUAUGUCACAUUGAAUUAGUAAGUGACUCUAAGCCAAAGAUCUAAAGAACAAAAUGUAUGUUUGGAUGUUAAACACAGCACUUUACUGUGAUGUUGAUUCACUUGUGAGGUAAGGUAGUGAUAUGGUAACUGAUCACCUCAAACGCACCGGCAAUAAUUCAGUCCUUACAUUACACCUUGUUUGACCUGUUAAAUCUGGUUUAUUCAGACCUUAUUAUAAAGUCUUUAUUGUCCAUAACGUUCACCUUUAGCGGCCAGUGCUGAAACCAUUGCUUUGCUGCAUGAAUUCACUUUAGUGGGCUUAUUACUCUGUAAGUAUGAAGUGUGAUUGCCCGUAGGAAUAUACAGUAUAUUUCAGAGACUGCGCUGUGCUAUAUGUGCAUGUCAGCUACAAAUCUUUUAUUUACUAUGCAAAAGAAUUUGCUGCACAAAAGGAUAAAACAGCAAAAUAUUAUUUUAAAAUCUCACAUUUGCCCCAGUUCUUCAUCCAUGAUGAUUAUGCCACGUUUCACAUAUCAGGAAUUAAACAACUGUUUCUUAUUAUCCUAGAAAGGAAUGAAUGUAUUUUCUUUUCUAAAAAAAACUCAUUACAUUUCACAUUUGAGGUUUUAGGUGUGAAACACUUUUCUUUUUUGUCAUUAGCACUAUUCUUGAGCUGCUGUUACUCAUAGAAAUCCAUAAUGCAUAAGCGAAAGUCAUGAAAAUAAUAAAAUCAACAAUGUUUUACAU